AAACAAUUUUUCCUUUUUGUUUUUUUUUUUUUAAGAAAAGAGUCGGCAUUCUCGAAGAUCGGACUUUGAACCAAUCAACCGCGUAUGCUAAAUUCUAGGUGUCCACACAAAAAGGAGGAGAGUUGAAGUCCAGUUAUUGAUUAUUCAAAGAAAGUGAUUUGAUUUUGAAGUUUCUUCGUUGAAAAGAUAAAAUUAAAAAGAGAGAGAGAAGAGUGAGUGAGGGAGACGGUAGACAAAGUUUGAGUUUCAAUUUAAAGCAAUGGCGGAUAAGGCCGCGAAGAUGAAGCUCCGCCAGGAUUACCGGAACUUAUGGCACUCCGAUCUCAUGGGAACCGUCACCGCCGACACUCCCUAUUGUUGCUUGGCGUGUCUGUGUGGACCGUGUGUUUCUUACUUGCUUCGGAGAAGAGCACUUUACAAUGACAUGUCAAGGUAUACCUGCUGUGCUGGAUACAUGCCUUGUAGUGGGAGGUGUGGAGAAAGCAAAUGCCCUCAACUCUGCCUUGCCACCGAGGUUUUCCUCUGUUUCGGAAACUCUGUGGCCUCUACUCGCUUUCUUCUGCAGGAUGAAUUCAACAUCCAGACCACAAAAUGCGACAAUUGCAUUAUUGGAUUUAUGUUCUGCCUAAGCCAAGUCGCUUGCAUAUUCUCUAUUGUCGCUUGCCUCGUUGGUAGUGAUGAGCUCUCUGAGGCUUCUCAGAUACUUUCUUGCUGUGCCGAUAUGGUCUACUGCACGGUCUGCGCGUGUAUGCAGACACAACACAAGCUUGAAAUGGACAAAAGAGAUGGAGUGUUUGGUUCUCAGCCAAUGGGCGUGCCUCCGGCACAGCAGAUGUCCCGUUUUGAUCAACCUGCCCCUCCAGUCGGCUACCCUCCUGCAUCUUACCCACCGGCUCAAGGCUACCCCCCUGCAUCUUACCCACCGGCUCAAGGCUACCCUCCUGCAUCUUACCCGCCUCCCGGUUAUCCCCAUCAUUGAGAAACUUUCAAACCGAUAUCUUCAUAUUGUGUGUCAAAGUGUUAUUGUUACUGGGUGUUAGUUGUUAUAUUGUUGUUCAGCUAUUUUCCUCAGUUAUGUGGUUGCUUUGCAAGUUUUAGUACUCUGGUUUAUGCACUCAAACCUUUGGUAUCAUCUGGUGUGUUGAUUUUGUUGGUAUUUUUCUCCUAUUUAUGUGAUGAACACAAAAGUGUAUGACCUUGAUAUGCUAUAUAUGUGUGGCUGUAUUCCUUUUA